GUACAAGUCAAACGAAGACUACGUGUACGUCCGGGGCAGAGGGAGAGGGAAGUAUAUCUGCGAAGAAUGUGGGAUACGUUGCAAGAAACCCAGCAUGCUGAAGAAGCACAUCCGCACACACACAGACGUCCGCCCUUACCACUGCAAUUACUGCAACUUCUCCUUCAAAACUAAAGGAAAUUUAACAAAGCAUAUGAAGUCAAAGGCACAUAGCAAGAAGUGCAUGGAUUUGGGAGUCUCAGUGGGCUUAAUAGAUGACCAGGAUGGAGAGGAAGAAUUUGGUGAGAAGCAACGAUUUGGCUACGACCGGUCGGGAUACGACGUGGAGGAAUCCGACGGCGCGGAUGAAGAUGAAAACGACAAUGAAGACGACGACGAAGACAGCCAGGCUGAGUCGGUCCUCUCCACCACCCCCUCGGUGACAGCCAGCCCCCAGCAUCACCCCUCUCGACACGGCCUGCAGGACACCGCCGGCGCCGAUGAAGACAUCAGGCUUCCGGACUGUUUUGCUGGGGUUCACACGGACUCUAUGGAUGGUCUACCAAAAGCCCUGCUGACCAAGAUGACCGUCCUCAGCGCGGCGCAGUCGGUAGGCAGGACCUCCCGCUCGCCGACAGAGCUGGCCCAUCAGGAAGCACGCGAGGAUCAAGGCCAGGAGAGGGGAGCGGGGCCCCGCGGCGCUGGCGCACCACUGGCCGACAUCCCUCCUGCAUCGCUGGGUCGCCAGAUGUCUGUGGAUUACCCCGAAACAGCCUUGGGCCACUCCUUGACGUCAGCUGCAGCUCUUACAAAG